AUGAUCAGAAAUCCAGAUUAUACAAACUUUGUUUGCUGUGCUUUUUGUAAUAAAAUAAUUCCACCAGCCCCUUUUGGAGAAACCUUCAAACGGAUACAUGAAUACAAACCAUUCAAGACCCGCUUUUACACUCACAAAGAUAUACUGGAUAUUGGCGCAAAUAUUCUGAAUAAAGAAGAGAGAUUUCAAGAGAACUUAUUCAAAGAAAGGAUUGCAAAAGCAGAAGCUAAAGUAUGGAGUCAGGCUAAUGAACUCCAAAAACAAGCAGUGGAGAAAAUCCUUGAAGAUGUAAAUGCCAGACACAAAUUUGAAAUUCAGGUUCUGGAAGAGAAACAUCAGAAAGAUUUACAGGACAUGGCAGCUAAAACCAAGACAGAAAUGUUUCGAAACAUGAAGAACGAAAUGAAGAGAGAAAACUUGGCUGCAGAACAACGCAUGGUGCACAGAAUCCAAAGGAUUAUGAUGGAGUGCCACAGGGAGAAGAUGGAGGCUGUGGAGAAAGCCAGGGAAGAAGAAAGACGGAUCUCCCAGGAAGCAAUCCAAGCCCAAAAAAGCAAGGCCAUGGAAGAACUCCUGAAUGCUGGUGUGUCCAUCAUGAAAGACCAGAAGAUGAACAUGAGCCAGUUAAUAAAAGAAAAGGAACAUGAAAUGAACAUCUACUACGGCAUAGCUCAGAAGCAAAAGCAAGAAGAGGCACAGGAAGUGCUUCAGGAAGCUGAGAAAACACACCAGGCCACUCUUGGUAAUGUGAUGGAUAAACUGGUUAACACUCAGGGGGAGCUGCUGUCCAUAGCAAAGCAACUGGGAAUCAUGACAAACUGGAAAGAUUUUCUGGAGGAGGAACUACAGGAAACCAGAGCAGCAUUUCAAAAAUACAUCAAUUAUACUUUUCCUCAGCUGUCACCAGGACAUGCCGAUUUUAUUAUGCCAGAAAGAAAGAAGACACCUUCCAAUCUUGUUGUUAAGGACGACGAAGCAACUCUUGAAUAG